AUGUACAUCUUUUCACUUUUUGUCUCUCUCUGGCUUGUCCAGAGAGUAACUGCCGACUCAUUCUACGGGGGAUAUUCUCAGUCGACCAAGUACUGCGGAAUCGUGAAUGUUGGUAAUGACAAGUCUAACCCCGGUAUUUAUUGCCAGUGCCUUUUCUCCGGCGAAUACUUGGACUGCGAUGCCAAAUUUGGGAGCUUUCUUGUCAAUGACCAGGGGCAGUUGAAAUUUGGAGCUAACGGCGCUGCACAACAUUCCUGCCACGGCUGGAGUCUGUUUGACACUAUACUCGCGGCAAACUGCAGCGGACCAACAAUAACAAUGGUGAACUUGGAUGAGAUGUGCGGGACCGCAAACGGUAAGUUGAUGUGUGGAGAACAGCAAGAUAGUCAAGGCUCGGAGACCUCAUCUCUCGCUACUCCCACCGCUUCAUCAGGAGUUGAGUCGACACCAGCAUCCACCUUUACUACAAGUCCAGCGCCGAAAUCCACUUCUCCAGUGAAUCUGAAUGAUCAGACAACCUCCGUGGUGCAGACUCCAAUCUCAUCCCCGAGUAUCGAUGACAGCCAGGCCUCUCAGUCUACAACGAUCAGUACAGAGCCUAGCGCGACCGCUUCCGCUGAUACCACAAAUACUUGUGGGUCAGUACAAAAGCGUACUCUACAGCAGAUGAGAAUUAUGGGCCGCUGA